AUCACAAACACGUCCAACACUAAUGGUUUUAUAAAAAUAAUAAUGGUUAGAGACACACCGCUUCAAAUUGAUUAACUUCCUCAUAUUCUCAUUACAUUUUUGAUAGUUUUGACACAUUAUCUUCUCCUAAAGCAUUGGUGCAUUUCUAAUACAAAACCAAAUCAAUGAUUUUGAUUUAGUUGUUAACAUUUCAGUCAUUUCAUCUUCAUUUGAAACCUAUUCAAAUAUAUGUCUUAUGAUAAACUUGAUACACAUUUUGCUUAACAGCACCAAUUUAACGGUCCAAAUGCAAACCUACAGGCAAUUAUUAAUAUACAUCUUACUGGAAAAAAUCAAAAAUUUUUACUUUAUAUAUUCCAGCAUACUUUAUAUACAAAUCAUAUGUAUUUCAGUGUUAUAGCACAUUUAUCUCUACUAUCUGUAUAAUGUGUUGAGUGUAAAGCUGCUAUGCAACAAUGCAGAACUGAGCACUAUAGAAAUAAAAUGUAAUUGAAUUUUUAAUAAAUUGGAUUAAAAUAUAAAAGAAAAAAAGAAAAGAAAAGAAAAGUAGAAAAAGCGUAAAUUAUGCCAAUGUGAGAUUUUGAACCCAGGGCAUUCCAUUUCAGAAAGUGACAAACAGUUGCCUAACCUGGCCACCUUAGGUUUGAUGCACAAUAUCGUUCCUUUCGUUCACCUUUUUGAGGUGUUCAAUAUUAGAGCAGGUUUGUGUGUUAAUGUGGGUAAAUGUUCAUACUUUUACUUCAUAAAUACUUAUUAGGGCUGGUUAAUAUAUUAGAAUUUGGGAUAUUCUUACCUUUGGACUCUUUGCAGUGCUUGGGCGAGGGUCCAAUUAUCAUUAUAAAGUUAAUAGUCUGUUAAAUUCCCUUUUUGAAUGUUUGUGUGUGCAUAUGAUAUGCAGCCAGACGGUGCAAAGCUUAUUUUACUCUGUAUCUGACCUAUAGAUGGCUUGUUCACCCCGAUGAAAGGUCAACUUUAUUACAGCCAAUGAGUUCAUAUUCCUCCUGCUUUCUUUCCCCAUGCACAAGCACGAUACAGACUUCUCCAAUUUGAUGUGGCUCAACUCGGCCACUAGGACCCACCUCCAAGCAGUCACUAGCGAAUGGCUAUCUCUUACACUGGGUGUUUCCACCUCAUACCCAUCGUCUCCCUGCAGCAGUCCAGUUCCUCCCACCCCUCCUCCUUUACCCAUCAGCCUACACAGCACAAGCCCUCAACCCCCUGCUCUUCCUGUGAGAAAGUUCACUCCAUCACCACAAAAACCCUCCUCAAAAUAUUCCCCUGUACAGAGCCAAAAACCAAUCACAGAGUCCUCAGAAAAGUAUCUAUAUUCCAAUGAAAACUACAGGCAUAGCCUUACAGCUCGAGAUAUAAGUGAAGCUUUUGGUUUACCUCAGAAACUGAUCUCAAAUCAUAAUCAGGAACGAAAGAUGCCUCGUGGUGAAAAUCUGUGUGUAAAGGAGAACUUUUUCAGACACUUUGACUCAUCGAGCGAGCCUGAUCCAUAUGACCAGCUUAUGUUUCUUACACGUCAGCUUCACAAUGAGCUUGAAGUCAGAUUCGCCAACCAAUCAACAAAUGAAGCCAAACAAGAGGUUUUACUGGAUUGGCCGGUAUGCGAUGAGUCUCUGUCUGUGGGUCCCAACCAAGAAUAUGAAACUAAAGAUCAUGAGAUGUACAAGAAAAAAGCUGAAGAGCAAUGUUCAGUAAUUUUGAGUGAGAUGUCAACCUUUCAUGGUCCAGUAGCGGAGAUAGAUUGGGGGAGACUUCCCGAGUUGUACAUACGGGAGGAAGAUGAUGAAAUAAUCCACAGAUCAGAGGCUGGCUCCUCAUAUGUUGCAAACCACAGUUGCUUCACCUCCUCUAAUUCCCCCACCCAUGAUUCCUCUCUUACUCUUUCCACUAGUUUUUCUCAACACAUUGAAUCAUCCAUCUCUACUCUUCACACCUCAUCUCUGCCUGCUGUCAAACCCAUUCUAUGUGCAUCACCCCCUUCAUAUCCUCUUGCUACAUCUCUUUCUUUGGAACCCAUUGCUUCCUACACCCUUCCAUCCUACUCUUUACCCUCCCCUUCAGACUCAUCUCUUUCCUCUCCCCCUACUACACCUCCUCUGUCUCCUUUAAACUCUCCAUUCCCACAUCCUUCUUCACCUCCUACAUCAACCCUUAAAAUGUCUUAUUCUCCUCCUUCCUCACCUACUCUCCCAUCUUCUUUAUCAGUCUGCUCUCCUCUGUCAUCUUCAACCCCACCUGCCUCCUCUCCCCCCCUCCUUCUCUCUUCUGUUCAUCCCCAACCUUACUCACCUCAACUCCCAUCCGGUCAUUUUCCUCAAAUCCCCAACUCUGCUCCUCCACAUAUCUCUCCAAGUCCUCCAUCUCCUCCUUUAUCUCCAAUUCCUUCAUCUCUUCCUCCUCUUUAUUCUUCCUGCCAGCCUCUCCUACCAACCAUCCCAGCUUCCCCACCCACCUCUCCCUCCCCCCCUCAUUCUCCUCCUCUUCCAUCCUUACCCCAGUCUUCCUCAGAUCACACUAAACCCUCUGAGAUUCUACCACCUACUUUAUCAGCUCCACAUUGUGCUGCUUCUCCUCCUCACUCCUCUGCACAGGCCUCUUUUCCUCCUCUCUCCCCUCGUUCACAGCCUCGCUCUCCUAAGAUCAAGGUAAAGUUGCGAGAGAAGGAUUGUUUUCACUUUGAUUGUGUGAAAUCACUAACUAAAAGGAAACAGGGCUGCUGUGAGGAGCAUGUGCGUGUGAGAUGAUGUAUAAGACCCUGCAGAUGUCUGGUCAAGUAUAAAAGUACAAGAUUCCGUAAAUAUGCAAACAGUGAACUUUACUCAUUAGAUAUUAAUGUAAACAAAGCUGUGAGAGACUACGGUAUAUUUUUAUAUAACAGUUUUAAUAUGACGGGUUCAUAGUGUGAGAGAGUGGGAUAGCAUGUUGAAUGUUAAAUCCCAAAUCAUUUUAAGACUGUGGCCUUAAAAAAAACAAAUGAAAUAUUUCUUAAUUAGUGUUUGUGCCUUCUUUUCCAGUAAAAAGAAACAUAUCAGUUUGUAAUGAAAUAUAAGUUGUUUCUACUGAUACACUGGCCAAAGUUUUGUUCCCUUCACUGAAAUGUUUCUCGUGAUCAAAUUUUUACUGUCAAGGUGCUUGUCGAAAUGUUGUAAAUUAUCUUUAAAGAGAUUUUUUUUUAAUAAAUAUUAAAUAAAAAGCAGCAAAUAGGAGCAAAGAAUAGAUUUUUGAAAAUCUCAGGGUGACCAUAGGAAACAUUUUCCAACAUUUUUUUUAUCAAACCUGUGCAAAGAAUGGCUACAGUGGAGAUGCUUAAAGUUAUAGUUCACCCCGAAAUAAAAAUUCCAUCAUCAUUUACUCACCCUCUUGUCAUUUUAAACCUGUAUGACUUUCUUUUUCCGCAGAACACAGAAUAAGGUAUUUUGAGGAAUAUUGUUAGCUGGCCCACAUUCACUUGCAUUGGAUUUGAGCCCAUACAAUGGAUACAUACUUGUUCGGUUACCAACUUUCUUCAAAAUAUCUUUUAUGUUCUGCAGAAGAAAGAAAGUCCUAAAGGUUUAAAAAGACAAGAGGGUAAGUAAAUGAUAACGAAAUUUUCUGGGAUGUGCUAGUUUUAUUUAUCUAGAAUUGGUAUCACAACAUUCCCAAAAUGUGUACAAAAUUGUGUACGUAGUUUUAAAAAAAUGUGCGCAGCCAAAAGAAAAAACAUCACAUAAUGUAGAUAAGCUGUCAUAGAAUAAGAAUAUGUGAAUAAAUCAAUUUUGUCAAAUAUGUCAAAGAUGGAACCUUAUAAUUCCAAGGUGACAAAAUAUAUUUUUACUGGAAAGCAAGACAAAAAUACUGAUUGUGUUUGCCAUGAGUAAUUGAGAGUGACUAAAUGUGAUGUUGUAAAUAACACAGUCAUGGAAUUCGUAUGAGGCUUCUGUACUCUUGACUGUCAUGCCUUUGACUCUUGCAGACGGUUUAUAAGCAAGAUGUGGUGGUUGAUGGUAAACCGCCACGUAGCCCCCUUUCCACCAGGAGGCGCUGUUUGUCUCCCAGUUUAUCACCCAGUAGAGCACGAAGGGUAGGAUGGAGUGUGCUGUGACACUAGCAGCAGUGCAGGCUGGGAUAUUGAUUUCAUUCUAAUCCUUUAUACUGUAGUUCUCUGGUGCCCACAUCAUGGAUGGAGUUCCUCUAACACUUCGGGUCUUCUAAAAGCUCUGUGAUGAAAAACACUCACAGAAUGACGUCCUGUUGGAUUUGGUGUGACAUACUGACCCACCAAAGCAUUAUGUGUAUACUGUACUGAUUCUUCCUCUCCUUUUCUCUUGCUCUCUCCCUAUAACC